AGUCAAAAACAGUAGGAAAACUGUCAGCUAAUACUCUUAAAACUCCAAAGAAACCGGACGUAAUUGUUUUUCCUGUGUGCUGACUCAAUCCAAAAGCAAGGAAUUUCGGAACUACGGUAUCGCGACGUGGAUUCUUGAAAUACGGAUGCAACAAUCUAAGUGAAUUAUUGCCGCCCCUGGGCUACGAAUGGCUGCAAGAUUACUGUCGCGCAGUAAAUGAAUGCAUUUAGCACGAUUGUAUGAGUAAAGCCACAUGGUAAGUUAAUCACAUGUAUUUUCACUUUCCCGUGGUGAAAGUUUGCUCCUUUUUAUGGUUUAGGGCUAGGGUUUUUGUGUUUUUGCUCGGAAAUUGAGAAUUAUGGAGGUGGCGAUGGGGGGUGUUGAUGGGGGAUUGAGGUGUGAGAAAAUUAGUGCCGGAGGGAAGUGGAAAUGCAAUUUGUUGGCUAUGAGUGGGGAAGUAUUGUGUGAGAAGCACUAUUUAUCUGUUCACAGGAGAACGGGGAAUGAAGGAGAUGGUGGAGGUAAUUAUAGUGUGGGUGGUGGUGGAAAUUCUGGUGUCGAUUAUGGAGGUCAGAAGCGAAAGCGUGAUGAUGAGGAAAUAGGUGUUUUUCCCAUUCAUAGAAGUGGGAUCAAGGUGGUUCUUGGAGAAAGUGGAAUAGGUGGUGUGAGGAAGAGAGGGAGACCUAAGAGCUUGAAGAAUGAGGAAAAGAAGGUUGUGGAAGGCAAUGGUGGUGGAAUUGGGUGUGGGAAGAGGGGAAGGCCGAAGAAUUCGGAUAGGGAGAAAAUUGGCUUGAGGAUUGAAGUUGAAAAGAAGGUUCUUCAAGGAAAUGGUGGUGGAAUUGGGAGCAGGAAGAGGGGAAGGCCGAAGGGUUCGAAGAAGAGGAAGGGAGUUGGUGUGGGAAAUGAAGUUGAGAAGAAGGUUCUUGAUGGAAAUCAUGGUGGUAUUGGGAGUGGCAAGAGGGGAAGGCCGAAGGGUUCGAAGAACAGGAAGGGAGUUGGUGUGGAAAAUGAAGUUGAGAAGAAGGUUCUUGAAGGAAAUCAUGGUGGUAUUGGGAGUGGCAAGAGGGGAAGGCCGAAGGGUUCGAAGAACAGGAAGAAAGUUGGUGUCGGAAAUGAAGUUGUGAAGAUGGUUCUUGAAGGAAAUUGUGGUGGUAUUGGGAGUGGCAAGAGGGGAAGGCCGAAGGGUUCUAAGAAGAGGAAGCAAGUUGGUGUGGGAAAUGAAGUUGAGGAGAAGGUUCUUGAAGGAAAUCAUGGUGGUAUUGGGAGUGGCAAGAGAGGAAGGCCGAAGGGUUCGAAGAAUGUGUCUUUGAGCAAGGGUGAUAACUUUCAAGGUUUUCAUGGUGCAAUUUCGAAUGCAAAUGUCACUAAAGACACGGGUGAGGCAAUUUCUCAGAAGUUUAUUGGUUUAAGAAGGGGAGCGUGUAUGUCUGCAAAGGACAAUGGUGAUAGGCUGCCAGAGGUUAUAAAGAACACAAAUGAAGUUUCUAUGAUUAAUAAUAAUCAAGAAAUGUUGGCACGCUUCAAUGAAGGUGCUGGGGCAUCUUAUGGCAACGCUGGCACAGAUGAUGCUCCUGUGCUGGAGGUUCGACGGUGGGGCAGACCAAAGGGGUCUAAGAAUAAGAAGAAAGCAGUCAAUCAGGCUAAAAAGAUUGUUCAUAUCGGAGGUAAUGUUUCUUUUCGCAAUCCUGCCAUUGUUGCUGCUCUGAUGCAGAAAGUUCGUGGGAGAGGAAGGCCAAAGGGUUCGAAGAAUAAGAAGAAACCAAUCUUGAGUGAAAAGAGUGAUGGCACAGACGGGGAGUUUUCUUGUGUUAAUUCCAGGCUUAUUCCUGCUCCAAUGCAGAUAGUUCGGCAGAGAGGAAGGCCAAAGGGUUCAAAGAAUAAGAAGAAAAAAAUGAAUGUGACUGAAAUGAGGGGACACAUAGAAUGUGAUGGAAAUGGGUUGGUAAAUCAUAAGUUCAGUCGAGGAAGACCCAAGGGAUACAAUACCAGAAAGAAAGUUUUAUCUGUCAUCAAGCGAGCACAGAGAAUGAGAGGACAUAGUGCCAAUGGAGGUAUUAAGAGGGGCCGAGGAAGACCCAAGGGUAGCUACAGCUGGCUGAAAAAAUCAAAAGAUGGUAUGAGCAUCGAAAUAAUGCAAAAGAAUCAAGAAAGGAUAGCUAUAGCAGAGAAUGCAAGCAUGGGAGAGGAAAUACUGAAUGGCAAUGUGGAAAGGAACAAGUCAUCAGCCUUGGGAAUGUCGGAUGCCCCUGAAAGAAGGGAGCAACGUCAACGCGGGUGGACGUGCCACCAAUGCUUGAAGAGUAACAGAGCUGGCCUCAUCAUCUGCUUGAAGUGCACUAGGAAGCGCUACUGCUACGAGUGCAUUGCAAAGUGGUACCCUGAAAGAACAAAAGAAGAAGUUGAGAAAUCAUGCCCUUAUUGCUGUGGGAACUGCAAUUGCAAAGCUUGCCUUCAAGCCAAUGUUCUUUUCAAGCGCUCCCCAAGAGAAGCUGAUGAAAAUAUUAGACUGCAAAGAUCUAUGUACUUGCUACUCAACAUUCUGCCUCUCCUUAAGCAUAUACAACUAGAGCAGAAGGCAGAGCUCGUUGCGGAAAUCAGCACACGUGGUGUUCCGGUGAAUGAAGAAGAUGUGCAAAUAGCAGUUUUUGAAGAAGAUGACCGAGUAUAUUGUGACAAUUGCAAGACAUCCAUUGUCAAUUUUCACAGAAGCUGUCCUAAUCCAGCUUGUUCCUAUGACAUCUGUCUUGAUUGCUGUUCUCAACUCAGAAGAGGUCUUCAACCAGGAGGAAAUGCUGCAGGCAGUUCCAAGACAAUUUCAGAGUGGAGAAAUUUUGUGAAUGAUAAAAACGUUGAGGUUGCUUCAACAAAUGCUCUCCUAGACAACUUGCACUCUGGUUUCCCUAAAUGGGAAUCUAAGAACGGCAGGAGCAUACCGUGUCCUCCCAAAGAGCUUGGUGGUUGUGGAUCUGAGGAUUUAGUACUGAAACGCAUUUUGGAUGCUGAUUGGGUGCAGAAAUUGAUUACUAGUGCUGAGGCCUUUUCUUCUAAUUAUCAAUUACCAAGUGUAGACUUUUCCCAGAAAUGUUCGUCGUGCUUUACACAAGAUGUUAAUGAUUUUUCUGAAGUAAGACAGGCCUCAUUCAGGGAGCACAGUCAAGAUAACUUUCUAUAUUGCCCUAGUGCUAUCGAUCUUGAUUCUGAUUUCGAACAUUUUCAAAUGCACUGGAGGAGAGGUGAACCUGUUAUUGUUAGAAACAUGCUUUCAAGAGCUUCUGGUCUUAGUUGGGAGCCUAAGGUUAUGCUGCGGGCUUUUAGGAAUGCAAGCAAAAAAUUGAAACAAGACACCUUCUCUGUAAAGGCUAUUGAUUGCUUGGAUUGGUGCGAGGUUGAGAUCAAUAUUCACCAAUUUUUCAAAGGUUACUUAGAAGGGCGUCGACAUCAAAAUGGGUGGCCUGAGAUGUUAAAAUUAAAGGAUUGGCCACCUUCAAAUGCUUUUGAAGAAUGUUUACCUAGGCAUGGCUCUGAGUUCAUGGCUAUGCUUCCCUUCAGUGAUUACACCCAUCCUACAUCAGGUCUAUUAAAUCUUGCUACAAAACUUCCCGAUGGUGCCUUAAAGCCAGACUUGGGACCAAAAAGCUAUAUUGCCUUUGGAUAUCCAGAAGAACUCGGCAAAGGCGAUUCGGUUGCAAAACUGCACUGUGACAUUUCUGAUGCGGUGAACAUAUUGACACAUGCGACUGAGGUUAGGCGUAACUCAUGGGAAAUAAAAAAGAUUGAUGAAUUAAGGAGGGGAUCUGAAUUUGAAGAUACAUGCAAGUUUAGCGAACAAGCCCAUACAGAAAGAACUGGACGUGAAAAUAUAUCAACUGAACAAGCACAUACAUGCAAUGGGAACUCUUUGCCGCUGGAAAAUCAAAUUGAUAAAAAAACCACAGUUCAGAUUAGUGACCCUCAUGAGGACAUGUCUAUAGAAUUCAGCUCGUUACUUGCAAAUUCUAGUUUCGAGGCCUUCUCUUCAUAUGGGUUUCUGGAUAUUGGAAACAGAAAUAACAACCAAGACAUAGACAGAACCUCUAAAGUGGCAGCAGAAGGUUUUGACAGUACUUUUGACUGUAUUGCAGAUAGUUUCAUCGAUCUGGAUCUGCCCAAUUGCUCGGAGAUCACAGUUGGCCGAUGUAAUGAGGCUACUAAUUCAGAUUUUGUAGCUAAUAAUUUAAGCCUGAAUAACAACACCUCAGUUCAAACGAGAAUAGACUCUGAUACUAGCAAUGGCCAUCUUAAAAGUGGCAAAGCCUCCACAGAUACUGCACAUGGUGCUGCAGUUUGGGACAUCUUUCGCCGGCAGGAUGUGCCCAUGUUAACUGAAUACUUGCAGAAGCAUCAUAAAGAAUUUUUCCAUUACGGCAAUUCUGUUGUGGAUUUUGUUGUACAUCCAAUCCAUGAUCAGAUCUUUUAUUUGGAUGAGAAGCAUAAAAGACAACUGAAGGAGGAGUUCAAUAUUGAACCAUGGACAUUUGAGCAACAUCUUGGUGAGGCUGUGUUCAUUCCUGCUGGUUGCCCCCAUCAAGUGAGAAACAGACAGUCCUGCACGAAAGUUGCUCUAGACUUCGUAUCCCCGGAGAAUGUUCAUGAAUGCAUCCGAUUGACACAGGAAUUUCGGUUGCUUCCUCAGUUUCAUAAAUCUAAGCAAGACAUAUUGGAGGUCAAGAAGUUGGCUGUAUAUGCUGCAAAUGCUGCCAUUGAUGAAGCCAGAAAUUUAAUCUCAAAGAUUAAAUGAAGCAGCAAAGCUCCACAUGUUCGAAGCUAGCUGUUUCAGAGAACUCCAGCUGAAAAGCUGAACUCUGCAACAAUGUGGCAGCACAGAUUGUAUUCAGCUACGGAUGCAAUAGGCCGAAUCUUUGAGGCGAGUUCGUAGAGUAUUAUUUGCCAGAAGCUGUCACAUCGCAUGCUGAUAGAUUCUUCUGUACAUUAGUUUCACCUAUGAUGCUGUACACAAUGAAUAAAUGGGUGUGUUCUUGUAGGAAUUUUCUCAAGUAGGAUAAAGUCACUGCAGAAUUUUUGUAAAUGUUUUCAUGUAUCCGAAGCCACCGUCAUCUUCAUUUCUCCGGGUUUAGGGUUUAAGUUAAUCAGUUAUUUUGUUUUGUGGUGUGUAAAAAACACCACAAAACCCCAGUUUGUUUUAGGAUAGCUCCAAUGUAAUCAUAUUUGGCAAGAAAGGACUAAUGUUUGCUAUUGUAUCAAAUAAAUGGCAAUCACGCUUCCAUUUGGUUUUGGAUA